AUGAAGUACACUUUCGCUACCAUUGCUGCCUUCGCCUCCGUGGCCAUGGCUACCCCUGCUUUCCUCAACAGCAAGUGGGACGUCCAGGAGGGCAAGCCCUUCACCAUCAAGUACUCCGGCUGUGAGGGUGGCUGCACCAUCAUCCUCCAGAACGGCAAGUCCAGCGACACCAAGGACGUCGAAGUCCUGACUGCCACUGCUGAGGGCGACUCUUUCACCUUCACCCCCGGCAACCUGCCCUCCGACACCUACAACUUCAAGAUUAAGAACAACGAGGACGGUACCAUCAACUACAGCGGACAGUUCUCUUACCAGGGCACCGGAACCCUCCCCUCCAAGACUGAGGCCGAGACCUCCGCCGCUGAGACCUCUGCUGAGGAGACCACCUCUGCUGAGGAGACUUCUGCCCCCGCUACCACCUCGGCCACCACUCUCACCACUGUUUCCAAGCCCGUUUCUAUCACCACCAAGGAGAAGACCACCACCGAGGAGCACACCACCAUCCACACUCCCAUUGCCACUAAGAACGCUACCACCCCCAUCCCUACCACCAAGAAGGCCACUUCCACCGGUGAGGCCAGCUCUACCGAGGGAUCAGAGACCACUGCUGCCGAGACCUCGGCUGCUGCUACUGGCAGUGCCACUACUGUCCCUGAGAGCGGUGCCGCUCGCAUGACCUCAUCCCUGGCUCUGAUUGCCGGUGCCGUUAUGGCCAUGGUUUAUCUGAACUAA